CAGCACUCUUCAGCUUCUGUUUAGGACACUUAGUCUGAACAUCUAAAGUCGAAAUCAUGGUUGUGUGGACAGACUUCGAGAAGGCCACCAUUCAAGAUAUCUUUGCCAAGGCUGACUAUGACGUCAUUGGUCCUCAGGCUUUGGCAAGGUGUCUCAUCGUGUACCCCUGGACCCAGCGGUACUUCGCCAAGUUUGGAAACCUCUACAAUGCCGCUGCCAUCUUGGGAAACCCCAUGGUUGCUGCCCACGGUAAAACUGUGCUCCGGGGCCUGGAGCUGGCUGUGAAGAACAUGGACAACAUCAAGGCCACCUAUGCUGAUUUGAGUGUGCUGCACUCCGAGAAGCUCCACGUAGAUCCCGACAACUUCAGGCUUUUGGCUGAUUGCUUGACCAUCGUUGUUGCUGCUCAGAUGGGUGCUGGUUUCACACCUGAAGUCCAGGCCGCUUUCCAGAAAUUCAUCGCUGUCGCGGUGUCCGCUCUGGGAAGACAGUACCACUAAAUACAAACAGAGAGAUUUAAUGUUUCCACUAAAGAAUGUGCUAUUCUGAGUUGAAGCAAAUAAAUAUUUCAGAAUUCAA